ACACACCAUCUCUCCAUCUCUGUCUGGUAAUAAUGGCUUCUAAUAAGGGCUUCAGCAGCCGCUCAGGGGGCUCAUACCCCCGUCUGGGUAACUCGUACUUCGCUUAUGGGAACGUGGUCCCCAUCCAGGCUGUGUCCGUUAACACGAGUCUCCUGACCCCCGUGGAUCUCCAGCUGGACCCCGACCUGCAGGCUGUGCGGACCCAGGAGAAAGAACAGAUCAAAAUCCUCAACAAUCGCUUUGCCUCCUUCAUCGACAAGGUUCGUAGGCUGGAGCAGGAGAACAAGGUUUUGGAGACUAAAUGGCAGCUGCUACAGAAAGAGUGUAACCCCGAGUCUAAACUGGAGCCCAUGCUGCAGUCUUACAUCAGAUCCCUGCAGGAACAGCUGGAGCGCGUGAAGAAAGACAAGGAACACCUGGAUGCCGAGCUCGGGAAUGCCCACGCACAGGUUGAGGAAUUAAAACACAGGUAUGAAGAUGAGAUUAAUAACAGAAACAAAGCUGAAAAUGAAUUUGUUCUUCUGAAGAAGGAUGUGGACGCAACGUACUUGUGUAAAAAUGCACUGGAAGAGAAAAUAUCAGGAAUCCUGUGUGACUUGAACUUUUUCAAGUGCUUCUAUGAACAGGAGCUGCAUGAGCUGCAGGCUGGAGGGAAGAGCAUGUCUGUUGUAGUGGAGAUGGACAACAGCCGGACGCUGAACAUGGAGAAGAUCAUCUCUGAUGUGAAGAGCCGGUAUGAGGAGAUCUCAGCAUGCAGCCGAAAGGAAGCGGAGGCCUGCUAUAAGAACAAGUUGCACAUGAUCUCAUCACAGGCUGACCAGUGCAGCACUGAGCUGAAACGCAGUACAGGUGCAAUAGCUGAUUUGAAAAGGCAGAUCAUGCGACUGCAGAAUGACAUAACCUCAGCUAAAUCCCAGUGUGAGAGUGUGGAGGAGCAGAUUGAAGAGGCGGAGCGUUGUGGUGAGGAUGCGGUGCAUGACGCCAAACAACAAAUCAGAUCACUGCAGGACGCACUGCAGAAAGCCAAACAGGACAUGACCAAACAUCUCCAUGACUACCAGGUGCUGAUGAAUCUCAAACUGGCUCUGGAUAUUGAGAUCGCCACCUACAAAAAACUACUGGAAGGAGAAGAGAACAGGUGAAAC